AUGAGUGAAGAAAGUGCAAAAAGCUUGUACGAGAAAGAAAAGAAAAUUCAAGCCUUAUCAAAAAUAUACCACAUAAAAUUCGAAACGCUACUUAUUUAUAUUAUUAUUCCCAAAACAACAACAAAGAGCUUAUGUUAUAAAGACUUUUUUGACAAUGUAAUAGAAAUUAAGAAAUAUAUAAAUAUAAAAGAAAAUGAUGAAUAUGUUAAGACGCACGCGAAAGUGAAUGAGGAGAUCCAACAAAGAAAAACGAACCAUGAUAAUAUAAAUGAUGCUAAUAUAAAUAAUAAUCAUAUAGGUGAUGAUAAUAUGAACAAUAAUAAUAUAGGUGAUGAUAAUAUAAACAAUAAUCAUAUAGGUGAUGAUAAUAUAAACAAUAAUCAUAUAAAUGAUGAUAAUAUAAACAAUAAUCAUAUAAAUGAUGAUAAUAUAAACAAUAAUCAUGUAAAUGAUGAUAAUAUAAAGAAUAAUCAUAUAAAUGAUGAUAAUAUAAAGAAUAAUUAUUGUAAUAAUGAUGUAUAUGAUAACGUAUCAAAUAUUAAUAUCAUCUCUAAUAAUUCUCCUGAAAACGAAAAAGAAAAUGUAGAAUAUCAAGAGAUCCAAGGAGAUAAAAAUAUAUUUAUAAAGAAUUUAUUAGUUUUUAUAAAUAAUUUAAUUAUUUUAUAUUUCUCAAAGUCUGAUUUAAUUGAUGUAUGUAUUAAUAGAAGAAGUUAUAAUAAGUGUGGUUUUUAUGCAUGUGAUAAUACUUUUUUAAAUAAUAUUAAUAGAAGUAAAUACAAAAUCGAUACUAAAAGUAAAAAAAUAUAUUUAAGGGAAUAUUAUGAUUUAUUUUGCUCAACUAAUUGUAUGAACUAUAAUCUAGGAUUAUUAAAACUUAUUAUUCAAAAUAAUAAAAAUAAUACAGAAGAAAUUAAUUAUAAAAAGAAAUCACAAUUAAUUCAUAUAAUGUUUUUAACCUUCUUUCCAUUCUUUAAAUUGUAUAAUUUAACCGACCUAUUAAAUAAUAUUAAUAAAUAUGAUAUACAAUGUAAUAAAAUUUGUAAAAUUCAAAUAAAUAUAAACACUCAACCUGUACAUUUACAACAAACAGAUAAUAAUAUAAUCAAAAUGAAUCAAACAAAUAAAAGAAAAGAAACCCAAAAAAAAAAAAAUAUAUAUAACCAUGUUACAAAUAUUAAAAUAAAAGAACAUUAUCAUGAUAAUAAACAAGUAUUCAUAGAAGAAAAUAGUAAAGAUACAACCUAUAUCGUUAAAAAAAAAGACAAAUCUAAAUAUAUAUUAAUAAAUAAUAAGAAUAAUAUUAUGGAACACAAAAAAUCCAUUUUAAAAAAUAAUAAAGAUAAUCAAGAAAAUACACAAAAAAAAAACUCAAAAAAUGUUAGCUUUAAUCAAAAUAUAAAAUUAUAUCAAUAUAAUAAAGAUGAUAAUGUGAAUUCAUAUUCUAUACACGAUACAUCAGUGGAUCUUCAAAAUAAAGAUGAAAGAAAAAUAAAGAACACAUUUAAUGAAACAACCAAAAGGAAAAAAAAAAACUUCUAUAUGACAAAUAAAUUCAACGCUUUUAAUAUAGACGACUAUAAGUAUACAAAUAAUCAUAUAAAUUAUAAAUUGAUAAAAGAACUGAAGGAACCUUUUGAAGAUCACAUAACUAAAGAUAAUAAAUAUGAAGAACAUAAUAUUCAAAUAGAAGAUAAACCUAUCAAAAGUUGUAACAUUAUAAAUAAUAAUAAUGAAUUCGUGUUAAAUAAAUGUGCUCAUGUUCUUAAUCUAUUAUCAUUAGAUGAACGCAGAGGAAAGAAAGAAGAAAAAUAUGUAACGAAAAUAAUAGAAGAGAUAAAAAAUGACGAAAUGGCACCAAAUCAGGAAAUGCAACAAGAUAAAGAUAACGAACUGAAGGAAAAAAAUGAUCAGGAAGAAAAAAAUGAUCAGGAAGAAAAAAAUGAUAAGGAAGAAAAAAAUGAUCAGGAAGAAAAAAAUGAUCAGGAAGAAAAAAAUGAUAAGGAAGAAAAAAAUGAUCAGGAAGAAAAAAAUGAUCAGGAAGAAAAAAAUGAUCAGGAAGAAAAAAAUGAUCAGGAAAAAAAAAAUGAUCAGGAAAAAAAAAAUGACCAGGAAAAAAAAAAUGAUCAGGAAAAAAAAAAUGACCAGGAAGAAAAAAAUAAUGUACAUAUUGAUAAACAAGAAAAAAUUAACGAAAAUGUGGAAAAAACACUAAACCUUUAUCAAAAAUAUUCAUUAUAUAAUCUAUAUGAUAUAUCCAAAUUAGAUGAGUCAAAAGUUGUGGAUUUUUUUUAUGAUAAUGAAAAAGAAAAUUUUAUAAAUUUUGCUUCCCAAAAAAUGAAUGAAAUUAAUAGAAAGCACAAUGAUGCUGAAAGGGGGAGGAAAAUACGCCUGUUGAAUUCGUCAACUGAUCAUAAGAGAAAAGAUAAUAAAAUUAACCAAAAAAAGAAUGACGAGAAUAGUACAUAUGACGAGAAUAGUACAUAUGAUGAGAAUAAAACAUAUGACGAGAAUAGUACAUAUGAUGAGAAUAAAACAUAUGACGAGAAUAGUACAUAUGAUAAGAAUCGCACAUAUGAUGAUAAUCGCACAUAUGAUGAUAAUCGCACAUAUGAUGAUAAUCGCACAUAUGAUGAGAAUCGCACAUAUGAUGAUAAUCGCACAUAUGAUGAGAAUCGUACAUAUGAUGAGAAUCACACAUAUGAUGAGAAUCACACAUAUGAUGAGAAUCACACAUAUGAUGAGAAUCACACAUAUGAUGAGAAUCACACAUAUGAUGAUAAGUCAUGUGUUCAUUUUAAGGAUGAAAUAAUUAUAAAUGAGGAAGAAUGUGAAAAAACAAAGCCAGCAGAUCAUCGUGUUAAUGAAGACACAGAUGAUAUAAAAUUACAAGCUUUAUUAUUGGAAAAAAAAGAAAAAAUAAGAGAAGAAUAUAUACAAACAUUUAAGAGUGAUAUGUCCAUAAAUAUGAAAUUACAAGAUAACGAUAAACAUGAAUAUGAAAAUUUUAACCAUUUAGAAGAUGAUGAAUCAACAUAUGAUGAUUUAUCAUAUGACCAUUUUACUGAUGACGAAUUAGAAAAUAAAAACUGUUUUUCUAAUAACGUUGUAAAAAUGAAUGAAAAUAAAUAUAUAUAUGGUAGAAAUAAUGGACUUGUAUAUGAAAAUUUAUCUUUAUAUGUUGUUUUGUGGGAUAUAUUUACAAACAACAUUUCAAAAUAUACAGUUCAUUUUUUUGAAAAAAAUGAAUUUAUUGUACCUAAAGCAAUAAAUGAAGAAGAAAGAAAAAGAAGAAAUGAAUUUAUAUACAAUAUAUCUCAAAAUAUGCCUAUAUAUAUUAAUUGUAUUUCAUCGAUUAUAGUGAAUAUAUGUCGAACAUUCUUAUUUCAUAAACCUUUAAUUCCUUUCAAAAAAGUUAUUUAUAAAUCUAUUAUUUGUGUUAUUGCCAUGGCUAUUAAAUUACACAAACCUCAUUUAAUUCCUUCCUCUGAAAUACCUAAUAUAAAAAAAGCAGAAGAUUAUUUAAUCUUUGAAAAUAAAAUAGAUCAGGAAGAAUUAAAUGAAUUGUGUGUUCUUUUUUUUCAAAACAAUUUUUAUUAG